AUGAGUCAAUCAGCAGCACAAAAGAAAAAGGGUUCGAAUCCGAACAAAGCUCAAAGCCCAUUGAAGAAUCUGAACUUUGAUAUGCAAUAUCGAUCAAGUACUGAAUUGGCUAACCAGUUCAAGAUUAAGAGAGAACAACUUGCUAACGAACGCAAUGAUAAAGAUAAGAAAGAGCAUCAAGGUGUUACUUAUUCAGUGUAUGUGACUGGGGAAACAUUUGGUAAUUCAGAGGUACAACAUGGUAUUCAAGAUCAAUUAAACUUCAAACAGGUGAAGAGGAAGUCUGUCAUACCGGCCACAAGUCUUGAUCAGUUUCUAGCAGAACAAUGGUUACAGAAAGAACAUGAUAUUAAUGAUCUACCAAACUGCAAGCAGGUAAAGAGGAAGUCGAUCAUAGGCGAUGAAACAAAAACAGAUAACCACAUAGUAGCUGAUGAUCUUGUGGAUCAAGAAGAAAUCAAUAGGGAUGAGUGUGCUAUAGAAGAGGAAAUUGGCAUUGAUUGUAGUACGAAAGAAAUAUUGGAGGCGAAAAAAUUCCGUGGAAAAACAACAUGUAAGGAUAUUCACGCAAGAAAUUUUGAAGAAACAAAGGAGGUGACAUUUGAUAAAGGGCAAGCAGUGGGACCAACUGGUAAGAUAGUGUCCGAAUUCACCAACUUUAUAGGAACAAUUUCAAGGAAUCCGAGAUUGAAGCUAACUAUAUUUUAUUUUACAUUGUCCAAAUUCAUAAUUCCAAUAGAAGGAAAAGCGUGGGUGAUGACUGGCUUUCGUGAUGCUUGGAAGCGAUACAAGCAAAAAAUUAAAGAGAGAUUUUUUGAUAAAAAUAGUACCAUUGAGGACAUGCUAGCAAAACGUCCCAGUGACAUUGCAGAAGAUGAUUUCCGUCAAUUGAUCGAGUAUUGGAAAGACCCAUCUUUUCAACAUGCAACCAAAGAAAACAAUGAGGAACCAUCAAAGUCUAAAAUGUUUAUUGCAACUGAUGAUGUUUUUACGGCAGUUUUUUGUAAGGAGCAGCCUGGUCGACUUAGGUGCUAUGGUAGAUCAGUGACAGCAAGUUCAUUGUUAGUGGCUUUGGUUUAA